GAAAACAUGCAUCCGACGUUUCUGCAACGAAGGACACGACAUUCUAACAGCGGGAGACAUGAGAAAGGCGCUCUCUGAGAAACCAGUGAAAGGUACAUCCGCGUGCGUAUGCGAAUUUGACGAGUCUAAGAGAACCUUAGAAGGGAACAAGAUAGAUGGUUUUAGCAAGCUACACAACAUCCAGUUUGGGGAAAACAGUAUACGUGCGUGGAGGUCGUACGGAAUAGGGCGUGGCAAGGAGAUUUCUCACGACCAGCUAGUUUCAAAUGACCAAGGUGACACCACUCUCGUUGUAAGUAAGGAGUUCUUCCCUUUUCACAAUGCACGUGUGUAUGAAUACACAGUUCCUGGAACAGAGGGUUCAAAUGAGGACGAUGAUUUUGACGAUUCAAAGAUGGACAUUUUUGAAUGUUCGAAGCCUGGAUGCGUGAAGAGUUUCCAAACGUUUUCAGAGCUCGAGUUACAUUUGAACGUAGGGGACCAUUGUGUGAAGAAUGAAAGGCUGUCAGAAACAGUAUAUGAUAAACUCCGUAUAGAUUGGGCAGAGAGGUUUACUACGUCAGUCAGCAUCACUGACGAACCACAGUGCGAAAAUAGUACCCACCAGGUUGUACGUGACUCAAUACCUCCAGGAAACACUAUCAGUAUGGGCUGGGCCCUACCCAAGCCACGAGCAGGUUCCACUAGAUUCGGUGACAAAGUUAAGAAUUAUCUAACAGCAAAGUUUGAUCUAGGCGAACAAUCAGGGCUAAAAGCUGACCCUUAGCAAGUUUCAAAUGAUAUGCGAAAGGCAAGAGACGAGCAGAACAAUAGGUUGUUUGACGGAGACGAGUUGCAUACCAAGAGCCAAGCGCAGGGGUUUUUCUCUCGCCUUCAGCAAACAGAAAAAGGCAGCGAACACCCUCAGAAAUCGAGCAAAAUCCGAAGGAACUGUCCCUAGAGGAAGAAGCUGAACGACAACGGCUGAUGGAACACAUCCUUAAUGAACUAAAGCCACAGCACCCUCUGUCUUACGAUGCCUUUACUCUGUGCGAGUGCGCAAAGGAGAAUAAGCUUAGUCUUUUUAAUGUAGCAAUGCUCUAAGAAAUCGUCUUUUUAUGAAGUACCAUUUAAAUCAAGAGACAGGAAAAAAGACUUUAUUGAGCAACUGUUGUAAUUUAUACAGGAAUGCCAAUGCUUUAAUGAAACUAUAUCGGAAGCUGCAUAGCCCAGGAAAACAAAUGGUGGUGCCUGUGGAGUGAUUUUUUUUAAAACAAUUGGCACAGCCUCAAAGUAACCUGAUAAACAGUUGUACUCAGCGAAUUGACGUACUCACUUCUGAGAAAAUUCGCGAAAGUCUCUCAAAAUUUGUCGUUAUUAAGUUUGUGGCGAUGUUCUUAACUCGCAAAAAAUUAAAAGAGAAAAAAGAAAGGAAAAAGUACUACCCUGACCGUGGGAGAUGUUAAUAGCAUUUACGCGUAAAUAUAGGUUUGUGAUUUUCUUAAUUUCGAGAAAUUAAUGAUAUCUGAAUUUUGGAGGAUUUAUUAAAAUGCCAGUUUGAAUCAUUUGUAUUAUUUUUCAAUUUCUCCCGGCAGGAUUCUCCUACU